AUGGGUUUCCUGGCCCUCGCGGGGGUGGCCGCCAGCACGCUCCCACUCAGUACGCUUGUGGAUCUAGACACCGCCAGCAAUUGCCUGCUGGCCCGCCAGGUCCUGGGCAGCUUCUGGACGGGUGCUGGGCUGCUGUUCAUCUUCGGGGUCUUGCUCGGGGUGACUGGCACGUGCAUCCAUGCCGCCUGCGGCUGUCCUAUGCCCUGGCCGGCGGGUCGCCGUGCAGUGGAUGAAGGGCACGGACUGGCAGCUCCGGAUCUUGCUCACGCCAUGCUCCGAGAGCGACUUCAAGAGCGUGAUGGAGAGGGAGCCGCCAGCUGGGGCUGGCAAGGCUGGGCUUUCUGGUUCGCGAUGACCCCGGACGGCGACGUGUACCCACACGCAUUAACGAUCCCUGGGUUCUCAGGAGUGGCGGCGUUCGACGACGACAACCACAUCAUUCAGGAGAGCGCAGCGGGGACAGUGCUUCGGAAGAUCGAACAGGUGCACGGCCACGACUGGCAGCCAUCGCCGAUGAAGUUCUUCGCCGCCCUGGAACUGGCCGGGGUCAGCCUUCAGCACAGCCCCGACGCGGGCAACCGCUCGUCCGGCGCCCGGCCAGGAACGAGGCGUCGGCUAGCGGGCAAGCAGCCGAUAGCGUCUGGAGCGACUCAGAGUGGUAACGUCGAUGUGGGGUACGAGCACCUGCCGGACGCGGCGCCGAAUGUGUGGAUCGUGAAGGGUUCUUCGGGCAACACCAGCGCGCACACCGUCAUCGGCAAUGCCGCGGUGGACGAGAACGCUGCAUCGCGGGCUUCGCUGUGCCGCCACACCAAGUGGCGCCACGAGUGUGGUCUCGGUGCCUCGGACAUCGGCGUCGGGGACCACGAGUUACUUGGCCAUAAGGUUUUGGAAAUAUCGGUAGGCUACGAUCAACUGAAUAUCACCGAGCUGGCCUGCGUCGAGCUCCUGAUGAGGAAGGCUCAACUCGCUGAAUGGCGGCACCGUGAGCGCUUGACAUCGCGGGCUGGCUCAGACGACAUGUUGGAGGACGAAUUCUUGUACCUCGGCACUGGCGAGACCCGGGGCCUCAUUGUGGUGGCACCGGCUCUCCAGGAUCACAUCAGACAGGAGUUGCACCAGGAGUACGCCACCGCCAAGGAGAGGAGGAAG